UUGAUUUGGAAAUGGCUAGGCCUGAACAAGCAGUAGCUGAGAUGAAUAAUCAAACUGCCAAUAGGUCUGAAGAGGAAGAAAACUUUGGUUUGAAAGAUCUUCCUCCCAAUUCGUUUGUAAGGCGCUAUUCUUAUGGAAAUAUGGGAGGUGUAGCUGCUGAAUAUCAAGCUCCAACUAAGCAAGUUGUGAGUUUGGGACAUCCAGAGGCCUUAGGGUUGGCAGGUUUUGCGGCAACAGACUUUAUGCUGAGUUGUAUCAAUGCCAAGUUGUUACCUAGUGGCUUGACAAAUAGUAUUAUUGCACUAGGCUUUAUGUAUGGAGGUUCGGCACAGCUGAUUGCUGGCAUCAUGACUUUCAUUAAACAAAAUACUUUUGGUGGAGUUGCAUUUUCGAGCUACGGUGCCUUUUGGCUAGCCUUUGGCGUUCUUAUUACGUUAGAAGCAGAAUAUGGAACGAAUUUAUUGUCAACAACUGACUUUGACAUGGCGCUAGGUUUUAUUCUAGUUUGUUACACCAUUUUUAAUACUUAUAUGUUCGUUGCAUCGAUGGGGCACAAUAUUCAGUUGUACAUUGUGUUUUUGACUCUCGAAUUGGAGCUCGUUCUGGAUGAUAUGCAUUUCUUUGGUGCUAUUAGUUCGGUUCCUGGUGGAAUAUUGGGAAUGUUGUGUUCGAUAAGUGCUUGGGUUUUGUCUGCGACUAUUGUUAUCAAUGAUAGUUUCGGAACCACCGUGAUUCCUAAUCCGGAACUCAAAGAUCUUCCCAUCUUCCGUGACUGGGUAAAGAUGAUAAAAGGAAUGUAACAAAUCAUUAUGUUGAUAGCUGUUUUUAGAAAGUUCUCGUCAUUUUGUGUGAAAAUGUGUAAAUGAAUGCGUCUAUUUUUCA